GCAGAGGGGCGGUGCUAUGCUGAGAAGGAGGAACGGUGUUAGGUGACAGAACCAAGCAGCUCGCCUCUCUUGUCCCACACGCUCUCUCUAAUUUAGUGCGUGGGCUAGAAGCGUAGUAGUGAGUCGGAGUGUUCUAUAAAAGCUGCGACUCUGUUGUAGUCUCCGUGCGCGCAUAUUUACUGCUCGUCUCUUUUGCAAUACCAUUUUAAUAUUUGUUGGAUAAUUUCUCUGUAAGAAAGGGCUUGUCUAUGGUUUUGACCGGAUCCUCCAAGAUGUCUCGUACCGAAGAGGUGCACCGUAUAACGGAGAAUGUUUAUAAGUCCAUCAUGGAGCAGUUCAAUCCCUGUCUGCGGAACUUCGUUGCCAUGGGGAAGAGCUACGAGAAGGCACUUUCCAGUGUGACAUUUGCAGCAAAAGGCUACUUCGACGCACUGGUGAGGAUGGGUGAACUUGCCAGCGAAAGUCAAGGCUCUAAGGAUCUUGGGGACGUGCUGUUUCAGAUGGCAGAAGUACACCGGCAGAUUCAGAUGCAGCUGGAAGACAUGCUAAAGUCCUUUCACAACGAGCUGCUGACAGAGCUGGAGAAGAAGGUGGAGCUGGAUGCCCGAUACCUGAGCGCUGCUCUGAAGAAGUACCAGAUGGAACACAAGAGCAAGGGCGAGUCCCUGGAGAAGUGUCAAGCUGAGCUGAAGAAACUACGCAGGAAGAGUCAGGGCAGCAAGAACCCACAGAAAUACGGGGACAAGGAUAUGCAGUAUGUGGAAACCAUCAGCAGUAAGCAGAGCGACCUGGACAGCUACACAGCUGCGGGAUAUAAAACAGCGCUGUCAGAGGAGAGGAGGAGGUACUGCUUCCUGGUGGAACGGCAAUGCGCUGUCUCCAAAAACAACAUUGCCUACCAUGGCAAGGGCAAGGACUUGCUGACCCAGAAGAUUCCGGGAUGGCAGCAGGCUUGCUCCGACCCCAACAAGCUGCCUGAGCGAGCCAUGCUCCUGGCACAGCAGAUGGCAUCGAGCAGCGGAGGAACAUUGAUCUCCAGCCCCAUGCACUCCUCCAAAUCCAACCUGGUCAUUUCAGACCCCAUCCCCGGGGCCAAACCCCUGCCUGUCCCCCCAGAGCUGGCACAAUUCGUGGGGGGCGGUGGUCUGGGCCACCCCUCGCGGCUGAUGGGACAGGAUGGAGGAACCCUGAUGAAUGGAUCUGCAGGCCCAGGCCACAUUGAGGAUUACAGCCAGUGGGCAGAGAGCAAGGCAUUGCAGGACAAACACCCCUCACCCCCUCAGGGCCAGAGGCAGCUGAGCGAGGUCCACUCCAACACUCUGCCCGUCCGCAGGGCAGUGCCACACAAGGGCAAACCCCAGCUGGCUGAGACCAGGACCCUGCCGAGGUCAAGCUCGAUGGCAGCCGGGCUGGAGAAGAAUGGGCGGACCCGGGUUCAAGCUGUCUUCUCCCACGCGGCGGGCAACAACGGCACGCUGCUGAGCUUCUCUGAGCGCGACAUCAUCACGCUGCUUGUGCCAGAGGCCAGAGAUGGCUGGCAUUACGGGGAGAAUGAGAAGACCAAGCUGCGAGGCUGGUUUCCCUUCUCUUACACCAGAGUCCUGCCAGAGAAUGAGGACAAGCUCCAUGUGAACCUGCACCAUGGGAAGAGCAGCAGCACAGGGAACCUGCUGGAGCGGGAUGACCUCUCCCUGCCCGCUCCCGACUAUGGCAUGACCUCCCGUCUCCUGGGGCAGAGCGCAGGUCACUCCCGGCCACGCCCCUACAGCGUGGCAGUGCCUGUCUUUUCUCAGCAGGGUCUUGAGGAUUAUGAGUCACAGUUUGCUACCAGUUCCGAUGGCAAAUUGAUUUCAACAGUAUGAGGACAGACAGCCCUGAAUAGGACAGGCAUGAUUCCUGCUUUGGAAGAGGCCCCUUCCCUCCUUGCUUUCUUCCUUUCUUCCUUCUGCCUGCGUUCCCUUUAGCUGCGUUACUGUUAGACGGGCCUGGCCGGGAGGGGGAGUCUGAGAGAACAGCCCAGCGGGGGUCUCCUUUCAGCUUGCGGGAUAUGGACCUUUCUUUCUAUUUUUUUUUUUUAAGUAAAUAAUAAAAUGGACUACUCUGAUGUAAUCAUUUGUUGUCUUUCAUGCAUGUACAUAAGUUUAUAAUGGAACCCCAGAAUGUGACAUUUUAAAUAAAUACAUUUGCAUAUAAUAUAUAUAAUUACUGUAUGUGACAUUAAGUAGCAUUAGCAUAAUUCUGCAGCAAACAUCUUGUAUAUUACGCACUGAAAAAAAAUAUAUAUUGUAUGUUUAAUCCCUGUUCGUAAAUUAGAGUUUUAAGGGAAAACUAAAGGGUGCUAGAGUACUCCAUUUAAAAAACAAAACUGUGAUCAUUAUACCUCGGAUGUACUGUAUGUAUGAAUUUGCUACCUGAUAUAUUUUUCAUCACCAUAUGAAGGACUGCAUUAUGAUAUUUUUAAAUUAGUCUAAAUGGCACACACACACCAAUAUACAAUCUUUCCAGUUCUUGCUAGUGUAGCUCUGAAUUCUGGAUAAGGAGCUGCAAUAAUCUGAUAAAAUGCACACUGAGUAACCAAGGAACUGCCAUUCAUGCAUGAAAGAGUUAACUGGUGACUCCACAUUCCUCCGCUUCAUUUUAUCAGGCAAAAAAUGAAGUGGCCCCUCUUGCAGAGACAGCAGUAGGUAUAGCAACCAGGUUUGGGGUCAGUUCCUAUUUUCCAGUUCCUUUUUUAAAUCAAUUUCCUAUUUCUUCGUAGGAAUUGAUGUUUUAGAGACAUAAUUGUUUUUGUCUAACUGCAUUAAUUUGAAGCCAAUUUCACAUGACUAACAUACUUCAGCGGAAGUAACUGUGUUGCCACUGUGAGAAACCCAUUUUAACAGAAUCCUGCUCAUUGUGAUUUUGAUUGGUGACGUGCUGGAAUUGGUUUUAAAAUGGAAUUGGAACUGACCCUAAUCCUGAAAGCAACCCCAACCCAUUUUACACUGCAGUGUUCUGCAAGUCUUGUGAAGGAUCAUGAGCCUGAAUCCAUUUGAGUGGUCCACUAUAUUAUUUCAUUAAAAGAAAAACUAAAAUAGUGAGUGGCUGUUGCUUCGUCUUCUAUCGAGGCGCCCCCUUGAACCCGUGUCCAGGCAGCUCAGACCGAGGACAGAUCAAGUCAGAUGGCAACCCUUUCACUCCUAGUUUUGCCUAUUGCGACAUUGACGAUUUGAGCAACAACUGGUUUGCAGAUUCAAAUUCUUUUAUACAUCAACUCUUUUGUCAGUUAGGCUUAGGGCAAGGCAGACAAUCAGAAUAUAUAUUCACGUAUAAGACUUCACACACCAAUCCAUUUUAGAGCUACAGGCACGUCAAUAGAAGAGUUACUCCACAGGAAAAAUGGGCCAAGCAGAAUGCUAUCACCUAUAUUUAAUCAGAGGGAAGGUUGGAAAUACAGCUGAAGUCUGGCAGUCCGGUCACAAUAUCCACUUUACAUGAUCAUUGUGGUAUUUUUCUACACAGCGUGCGAGUGCCAAGUGUAAUUGCAUUAUUGGUCUUGAACAGAACUGAAUUUGUUCUCUCACAAGAGGAUUUUGCAGUGGAGGUUUGUCUUCUAGGCAGCUAUGGGUAACAAGUCUUUUGUGCAAUUUAAAGAUUCCUUGUAAAUAAUAAAUAAGUGGUUUUAACCUGCUGAUGUUUCUGAAGUUUGCAGAAAUGCCGCCCUUUAGAGAAAUGUUUCUUUUUUUCUUGAUUGAUUGAUUGAUUGAUUGAUUGAUUGUGGUUGAACUGAAGUCUUCCCUAAACACUGUCAAUCUUUAAUCUCUGUUUUGAUAAAUUUAGAGACAAAAGCAGUAGAAUGGGAACGUCUGGGAACUGCCAUUGCUUCUUCUUUCUCCACUAAAAUAAUACGAAGGUAUGACGUUGGUGUUCAAAGUGUCACGGCAAAACGAUUACAAUAUGUAUAGCUAUAUAUAUAUAUACUGUAAAUAUUGUUUUUCUUAAACACAUCUGAUUGUUGUAAAAAAGAAAACGCAUGCUUUGUGGAACACCAAAACUGUAACAAGAUUGGUAUUAAAUGUAUGGCGACUUUCUACUGAAAACAAAUCAAAGUAUCUGAAUAAAAUCUGAAAAUAAACACUAUUUCUGGUAGUGACUCCGUGCCAGCUUGUGUUGUGUUGUUUUUUUUUUUCUGAAAUUGUCCGUCUUCAGGUGGCAGCAAACACACGUUACUGUUAAGUUUUGUCUCUAAAUGAAUCUUCAAUCCAAACAGUGUGUGUGUGUGUGUGUGUGUGAAAAGGGUCUGUUACAGUACUGUAGUCUUAAUGCAGCUUGGAUCGAUCAGUCGGAAACUCUUUCCAGUUUUGCAAUUAUUUUGUUCAAUAACUGUUCAAUAAAAUCCUUGCGAUUCACGAUGCCAUGCAAGCUUAUUCCCUUGUAUCUGAUCGCCGUCCUUGUAGCCCACUCGUCCGUACCGGUGCACUAGAAUGUAGUAUUGGGUGCUGUGCGAUACAAGCUGGUAUCCUUUUAACAGGUCAGCGUGCACAUAUAAUAAAUGGUUAAAUAAGAAUAGCUAAUUUGAAUGUGACACAAGCUAUCUGAUACAAAAACAUUUCAGAUGGCUGUAUAAGGGGUCUACUAUGUAU